AUGUCACCCCGCAAUAUACGUCCAGCGGAAUCUGCGGACUACCACAGUCCCUUCCGAGGGUCGUUUCAGUCCAGCUCGCCACUCGCCGAGGCUGCCAUUGCCCGCGAUCUUGCACACUACGUCGAUGAAGAUUCCAACUUCAGUACAGACGAGGCAUCCGAGGCCUCCACGGUCCGACCCUCAGACGGACGCCCCUCAAGUUCUUAUGCGGGGGGGAACCCACACUCGUUGGCGGGCUCAUAUCGCCGCCCCGGGUUCUUCACCAGUGUCAACCAUUCCACCAUCAUUCCCGCUCCCGCCGACUAUCAACCCUUGACGGAAGCUGAGCGUCAGCAAGCCAUCGAGGAAGAGCGACAGUUGUUGAGCGACAACCACGUCAUCGCGACCGAGGAGCCAGAGGGGCUACAGAAUAAAUUGAGCAGAGUGUUCUCGGCGUCGUCGGGACAGGUGGGAGCGGGAAAGUACAGUGGCUCGGUGCGAGUCGGGCAGGAUGAAACGACUGCUCUACUCGGAGCCCCGGAAGCUGGUGAAUUGGGGCCCGAGGAGAUUGAUCGGAAAUGGGAGGAAGCCGUGACCGCUGGUCUCAUCACAACAACAUGGCAGCGAGAGAUGGAAGUGCUGAUUCGAUACUCUGCCCCGCUGAUGAUCACCUUUAUGCUGCAAUAUUCACUCACUGUCGCCAGUAUCUUUACUGUCGGUCAUCUCGGCAAGGAGGAGCUAGGUGCUGUCAGUCUUGCGUCUAUGACUGUAACGAUUACCGGCAACGCAGUCUACUCUGGACUCGCCACCAGUCUCGAUACCUUAUGUGCUCAAGCUUACGGAUCAGGCAAGAAGAAGUUGGUGGGAUUGCAGAUGUUGCGCAUGGUUUAUUUCCUCUUGGUGGUGACGGUCCCUAUCGCCAUUAUCUGGUAUUUCUCUGAAAAUGUCCUAGACAAGAUCGUCCCGGAGAAGCGAGUCGCCAAAAUGGCAGGCUUGUACUUGAAGGUGGCUCUUCUUGGUUUACCCGGAUAUGCGUGCUUUGAAAGUGGCAAGCGAUACCUGCAGGCCCAGGGUGUCUUUUCCGCCUCACUCUACGUUCUCCUCAUUUGCGCGCCCUUGAACGCCUUCUUGAAUUGGUUCUUCGUUUGGAAACUUCAAUGGGGCUUCAUCGGCGCUCCUAUUGCCGUUGUCAUCACCGAGAAUCUUCUCCCGAUCUGUCUUUUCGCAUACAUCUACUUCCGAGUGGGGUCUGAAUGCUGGUGCGGCUUCACAAGACGCGCGUUCGACAAUUGGGGUCCUAUGAUUCGCCUUGCCUUACCAGGUCUGAUGAUGGUCGAAGCCGAGUGUCUUGCCUUUGAGGUUCUGACCCUGGCCUCGAGUUAUCUGGGCACCUCAGAACUGGCUGCACAGUCCAUCCUGGCCACCAUUUCCAGUAUUGUGUGGCAAAUUCCAUUCCCUCUUUCCAUCGCCUGCAGCACUCGCGUGGCAAAUUUGAUUGGUGCAUCGCUGGUGGGAGCUUCCAAGACCUCGGCGAAAGUGAGCUUCUGCCUGGCCACUGUGGUUGGUCUUUUCAACAUGGUUCUCCUUUCGAGUCUGCGAACAUCUGUCCCCAAGCUGUUCAGCUCUGACCCGGAAGUGAUUGAACUCGUCGCCAUUGGUCUUCCUGUCUGCGCUGCAUUCCAACUCUUCGAUGCCCUUGCGGCAGUCUGUAAUGGUGUUCUUCGAGGCUUGGGACGUCAAGAAAUCGGUGGUUACAUUCAGGUUUUGUGUUACUAUGCCAUCGCUAUGCCCAUUAGUAUGAGCACGACAUUCUCAUUGCACUGGGGCAUCCAGGGUCUUUGGACUGGUGUCGCGGUCGCCCUUUUGUUUGUGUCGUCGACAGAGGCAUUCUUUAUCAGUCGAAUCAGCUGGGAACGUUCUGUGGAAGAAGCCCAGCGACGCAAUGAGGCUAUUUGA